CUUAGAAGCAAUAUUAAACCAAUAAUCUUUUUCAUUACAAUGUCCGUUACCUAGCGUCUAGUGCAUAAAAAAUUAUGUUUAAAAUACCUCAUCUAGCCUUAUAACACACAAAAUAAAUGAAUAUAUGAAUAAAGAUCAAGGACAAUAAAUACACUGAAUAUUUGUGAUAUUUAUUGUACAGUUCAAAAAAUUAUAGCAAAUAUAAAUAACUGAACAUAGGACCAAGGUAUACGAUAUUUUCAGGGCCAACUGGGUAGACUCACGAUGAAAGGCCACAAUUUGAGUUUUUCAGAAAAAUCGGACUGUUCUUUGAGUGAAGAAUGGCAACAAAGGGCUGCGGAAGAACUUAAUGAAACACCCGAAGUUGUUGAAAGAGAGCUUCGUGCUCUGAAGGAAUUGGUUAAACAUGAUACCAAUUUGAGCGUCCCGGAAGGAGAUGACUUUCUAAUAAGGUUCCUGCGGGCGAGGAAGUUCGACAGCAAAAAAUCCUUUCACAUGAUUCAAAGGUACUUCCUGAUGAAACUGAAAUGCCCCGAAUUGUUUGAUUGUCCUUUGCCUUCUGAGUGUUUGGAUAUUUUCGAACUACAAGCACAAAACAUGCUUCCACGAAGAGAUAAGUUUGGAAGAAGGGUUUAUAUUAUUAAAAUAGAUAACUUCGACGCCUCGAAAACAACAAUAGAUGAGGUUUUCCGUCUGAACAUUUUGGCCAUGGAGCAAAUAGUUCGCGAGCCAGAGACGCAGGUAUCUGGUGUGUCCAUUCUCCUGGACAUGGCAGGUCUCAGCUUACAACACAGCAAGUUUUUCACGCCUUAUUACGCACGUAGAACAGUUGAGCUGGUGCAGGAGACUUUCCCUCUUCGAUUCAAGAGUUUUCAUGUGGUCAACGAGCCUUUCUACUUUGACGCGAUCAUUGCGAUACUCAAGCCGUUCCUCAAGGAAAAGAUCAGGAAACGAAUCGUAAUGCACGGUACUGAUAUGACCUCCCUUCACGCUUUUAUACCAAGUGACAUCUUACCUACUGAAUAUGGGGGUACUGCAGGGAACUUUAACAACCGAGAAUGGUACAUGCAACUCCUUGUGGAUGAGCAGUACUUCAGAGAUUUAAAAACCUAUGGAUAUAAAGAUGAGGAUCUUACAAAGGAAUAAUAUUUUUAAGUUAAUACCCAUGAUUGCCUGAAGCCAAAAUUUGAUUUUUUUUAGCCUGACAUGAAUAAAAACCCAUACAUGGUGCCUAAUUUUAACCUUUCCACUUGAACAUUUUGGAAACUGCGUAUUUUGGAAAAAAGUUUUAAUCUAUAGUUCUAGAGUCUGGAGGGGGCAAAAUAAUGGUGACCUUAUCUACAAAUUUCAAGGUAAUUUUAAGGUAAAAUGAAUAUUUACGGAUUUUUCACGUUCAAAUUGAAAAGAGGAGCAAAUUUUGCGUUUGAACAUCACCUUGACUAUGACCUUGGCCCUUCAAAAACAUCCAAGGUCAAAACAAGGCAAUGUAAUUAAUUUGCUUAAGCAAAAGUCUUCGACAGCAAAUUGUGGGGUUUGUGGGAUCACCCUAAGGUGACCUUGACUUUGUCCUUGAAAAAAAAACAGAAAAUUUCACAUCCCAAUGUGAGCUUGAAUUCGAAUUCAAGGUCGUGUCAAGCUUGAAUGCUAUUUGAGGUCAAGGUCACACUCAUACCUGAAAUUUUCUCGUUUUUCCAUUUCCAGUACAAAGAAGAGGGGUUUCCUUUAGCAAUUUUGAACGUCAAGGUCAUGAUCAAGGCCACCUUUGGGUGAUCCCAGAAAACCUCACAACAGUGGGGAGGUUAAGAUGGGACACCGUGUAUAGCAAAAACAGGGAGCAAAUUCGAAUUCUAACCUUUUUGAUUACCAAUGCCUUUAAAUAACUCUUUAAAAACCCAAUUGUAAUAUAAGCAUUAUUCAUCGGAAGUAUGGUAACAAAAAUCAAAAAUUUCCUUGAAAAAAAUAACAGAUAUAUGCCAAUAAAUAUCAUACAGCUUGAAAAAAUGACAGGAGCACUGGUCAAAAAGAUGAAAAUAACCAAUAUGCUGGUUAGAAUGAGUCCGUACAAGUCAUUAGAACGUAUUAACUUAACGUUAUAAGGUUAGAAAUGUAUAAUUCCCCUAGUCGUCAUAGUAAUGACGUUUCAAAUACGUCACUGAUAUCCACGCGGAACAAAUGUAGUAUAAAACGACGUUACUUCUACGUACCUAUACUAGUGUUCUUGUCUAUACCAAAAGAGUAAAAUCGUCAUUAUUUUAACAUAUUGUAAGUUAUAUAUAUUAUGUUGUUACGUUUAUUGUAACAAGUAUUAUUGUGUUUCAGAGUUUAUAAUGUACGAUCCUAUAUUGUCAAGCUGGUUAAUGUUUUAUAUGCUGUUGUUGAGAAAUUAAAUAUAC